AUGGAGGACGAUAAGGACGAUACCUUUUGGGAUGACGGGGUCGAUGACUCGGCCUACGACGCGCUCCUUGAGCUUGAACAAGAUGCAUAUCGAGCAACGCAGCAGGACGCCGUUGCCCGGCCCAUAGGACCCCCCGCUUCACGGCCUGUCCGGCCUUCGUUAAUGCGACAUUCCACCAGCAAUACCUCAAGCAGCACUGUCGAACAGAGGAGAAGAAGGCUAAAUCCCUCUCAGCACCUCCGGCCUGCACUGAGUUUUGGAGAUACAGAUUACCAGCAGUGGGAUGCCAGCGUACUUGAUAAGGAUGACGGGCUAGACUUGAUCGAUGAACAGGAUGCAUUACUGGAAACGCCUGGAGAAUCUGGUGAAGGGGACGGCAGACAGCCGCUCUAUACCAGCACAUCCCUAGGCCCAGGGCAAUGGCGCCGAAUUACAGCAGAUGAGCCUGGGGUGACCGUGGAGCCUGUGCAGGCACAUGGUUUGGCGGGAAGCCAUGCUGAGACUUCGUUUAACACGGGCGCGUACGAGUCUGUACAGCUGGAAGAGUUGAAAGAGCAGAUCGAACAGCUCAACCGGGAACGAGAAAGGCUCUCACAGGAGCUAGCAGCUGCAACGGCUGCAGAGGAGGCACGCGCUGGAGAAAUUGCUAUUAUCCGAGCAAACCAGGUAAAGGUUGAGAAGAACCAUAGCCGUCAAAUAAGUGCCAUGAAAAAUGCCAUGGAUGAGGAAACCAAGAAGUACCGGGCUGAAGUCGAGGCUGCGUUGAUGGAAAGCAAACGCCUCAUUGCCGAAAACCGAUUUCUUAAACAUGAUUUGCAGGAAGAAGCCCAUCGGGCUUCUAAGAUGCAGCAUAGUUUUCGAAGCAAGCCCAAGAAUGACAACGUACCUACGACACCGAGGAAAAGCAAGUCGCUACCUCUUAGAGAUGGAUUUGAUGAUGAUGAGCUCAUGGCGUCUCCUACAAAGUCCGCGGGGAGGAGAUCUAAACGCGGAACGCCAACGACUUCGAACAAGCGGAAGCGUGCAGUGGAUGAUUCCCCGAUACCUGUUGCACUCCAACUUAGCCAAGCUCUUGAAGCCAAUGCUAAUGAUGCUGGAAAUGAUGAAGUAGCCGGAGAGCAGGCUCUUGAGAAGCGCCAGCAGCAGCCUAAGCGAGAGGACCGCAAUAUGCGGUUUAUGCGCCACAUUCUCAACCACCGGACAUACCCCAGAAAAGCUCCUGAUAUAGAAGUCUUCUCUAGUUUAGCUUUCCCAUCCGACCCGGACCGCAAGUUCUCGUCGAUUAUCAUACAAUCCAUCACCGCGCAUAGCUCUAACAACUAUGCGGUUGACUAUACCAAGGCCAUAGCUUCAUUAUGGUCUCGCUCAUUAAAAGAGCACUUCCACUCUCCUAUUGCCCUGUUUAUGUCAAUAGUGAAAUUUAUACUUCACUUAGACCUCAACGCCCUUGCCCCAUGCCUUAUCGAAUCCAUUGUGCCGGUGCUACAAAACUCUGGCUACAUCAACGGCGUACCUCGAUUUACCAGUUCCCCCGUGUCGCAUGAAAACUUAGGGAAGAUCAAGAAAACACCGCAGAAAAAGCUGGACCACCGCGUUAGCUCCACCGAGGCACUCGAGAUCCUCUAUCUGAUUGUUAGCGGCUGUCAGCAAAGUCGACAGGCGCUGGAACUCUUCUGGCGCUGCGUAGGCUAUGACUUCAUUCUCAUCAUGUUAAAUUCUUACCAGCAACUGAAUGACAUCAUCCUCACAUUGAAGAUACUAGCUUGCGGCCAGCUAACGAAUACCUUUGGCCCAAUCUGUGACUCUGAGUCCCAGCAAUUAGAGCACGAAAAAUACAUCAUUGACCGCGCUGCUAACCUCCUUAGCGAACUCCCUUCUGCUGACGAGGGCGAGGAGCCAUACACACCGUGGGAGAUAAACACAUUACGCGUAGAAGUCAUGUCGUUCCUAAACGAAAUCGCCUUUUCGUGUCCCGAUCCGGCGCAGAACCGCAUCGGUAAAAUGAUUGCAUCCCAUCCGAGUGCUUUAGCUCGAGCCUUCCGCGCUAUGCAUGAUGAGCUCGAUGCUUUGUACUCAAAUCCGCCAGAACGGGAUUUGCACGCCACCGUCGUCAAUGGUCUGACUCGUCUGGUAUAUGGUAUUAUCAAGUCGUUUCCUACCCUGGUUGAUCUGCCGUCGCGGCUACGUGCGGUGCCUGGUGCAGUACAGAAACACCUUGUCGUGUUGACUCGUUUGGCGUUUAGUGAAGGGCUGUUGUUGGAAGCCGGGAUUCUCGAUGAGACUGUUGAGAUGGCUCAUGAGAUGCUGGAGGAUGCGGUUAACCCCCAGGAGGCAGAGGCGUUGCUAGAAGCGUUUCGGUCGACCAAGGGGGAUGAGUGA